UGAAAACAUGGCGCAGAGAGCAGUUAUAGUUCUUCUCGAGUACAAUGAAGGCUACUCUGUUUUUUGUUGCUGCACUGGUAGCAGUGGCGAAGGUCCACGGGCAACCGGAAGAGUCGACCACCGUCACCAUCUCGAAUGGGAAACUAACCACCGCUAACAUCCCGGCCGUGAGAACAUUACUGACGAGGUCGUCGCCAACGGAAGAUGACGAUACCAUUUGCGUCGAGGCAGACAACAAGUUCUACCUGUAUGCUAAUUCGUUGAAGCUGUAUUCUUGCUACAACCAGCUACCGAAAGUUUACGUGGUGAAACCGAAGAGUCAGUGUAAACCAUACCUGUCAGAUUGUCCCAGGAACUAGGUGUAUUGCAACUCUGUGGGCUCUCCUUGAAGGGACUGACUCGCCUGCGAGUGAGUGAAGAUUGAAUCUCUGGCCUGCUGAUGAAGACAUCUCCUGUUUCCAGAGGAGCCAAGAAACUGCAACAGCGUCAGGACUUACCUCUUUUACUCAGACAUAACCGGCGGAAUCAACUCAUUCUCUUCUAUAGCAGUUUCUGAUUACUUCAUGACGUGCAAUAAAUUUUAUUACUGUAAAGAUUAGUAUUUAAAAACAUUCCAUUUGUCUUCUUUAUAUCUUUCUGUUGUUUCUGUAUUAGUAGUAUGCUGACGCAAUAAUAGUGUAGUUUCGUGA